UUAUAUAUAAAAAUCAUUUGGAAAUGGAUUAAAGAGGUACAAACAACAAAAUGUCUGAUGAGAAAAAAUCCUUGAAAAUUUUCAUCUAUACUAGUGAUGGUGUUGGUCAUAUAAAUGCCUGUGUUGGACUUGGCCAAGCAUUAAUCAAAUAUGGUGGACAUCGAAUAUAUUUUAUUUGUUCAACAACAUUUGCCGGUACAUUCAAACAAUAUGGUUUUGAAGAAAUUGUAAUGACAAUGAAACAACAAGCUGAUGAAUCAAACGAGAAUGCCGAACAAGAUAGACAAAUACACCCGUUAUUAGCAAUGAAAAUGAGAGUAAAAAAAUUACAAGAAACUGGUCUAUUAUCUGAUCGAAAACCGAUUGAAAAAUUAGAUUGUUUUAGUUCGAAUGAAGAAGAUUCUAUUGGUAAUCAUAUGUUUAAUGAAUCAGUUGAACAUCAUCAACAAAUUGUUGAUGCUGUUGAACGUGAACGACCUGAUUUGAUUAUUGUCGAUCAUUUUAUUGUUGAUCCAUUUAUUUUGUAUGAAAAAAUUCCAUGGGCAUUUUCCUGGAGUGGUAAUCCAACAUUUAUGUUUUCGAAUCAUCCAGAUAUACCACCACCAUGUUCAGGUUAUCCAUCAAAUGAUCGAACUGGUUGGGAUGAAUUUCGUCAGAAAUUUAAUGAAUCAUUUAAAAAAGAUAUUCGCACUAUUCAGAAUAAACUAAACAAACAUUUUGGCUAUCCAGAAUUGAAUGAUAAUAAUUUUUUUCCAUUUUCACCAUAUCUAAAUUUUUAUGGUUAUCCAAAAGAAUUGGAUUAUACCGAUAUUAUUGAAUUGCCUGAAAAUUUUAUUCAAUUAGAUGCAUUUUGUCGUCAAGAAACAAACGAACCAUAUGAAUUACCGGAUGAAUUUAAAUCAAAAUUGAAACCCAAUGAUAAAUUGAUCUAUGUAUCAUUAGGUUCAAUGGGAUCUAUUGAUGUUGAUCUAAUGAAACGAAUUGUACAGGCAUUAUCCAAAUCACCGUAUAAAUACAUUGUAUCAAAAGGUGCAUUACAUGAAGAAUAUGAUUUAGCAGAUAAUAUGUGGGGUGAAGCAUAUUUACCACAAAUUCGUAUACUACCAUUGGUCGAUAUGGUCAUAACACAUGGUGGUAAUAAUACAGUAACCGAAACAGUUUCUUAUGGAAAACCAAUGCUUGUUAUGCCAUUAUUUGCUGAUCAAUAUGAUAAUGCACAACGUAUUCGUGAAAAAGGUUUUGGUGAUCGUAUUGAAACAUAUCGUUUUGAAGAUGAUAAACUAAUUCAGUUGAUUGAUAAAAUUCUAAAUGAUAAUGAAAUUCAUGAACGAUGUCGAAAAGCUGCUGAACGUAUUCGGUCAGAUGAAUCGAAAAUUAAUGCAUGCAGAAAAAUUGAAAAAUUUUUUGAAAAUUUUUAUUCAAAAAAAUAAUUAAAAAAUUCCGACGCUAGAUGUCGUUGAUGAUUAAAAAUUCAAAUAAAAUACAAGUA